GUGGGCGCUGCUGGUCGCCUCCACCCGCUGCACUGCCCGCUGCCCCGCCGGGCCAGCUCCAUGAGGGCCAAGCGCGUGAACUUGCUGAUCGCGCUCGUCGCUGUCAUGCUCUUCAGCUUCUCCUGCUUCUGCAUCUCCAGGAUGACUCAAACCAGUAAUCAACUAUUCAGUUGCAGAAACCGUAUUUUGGAGUUUAAGGAAAAUAUUCUACAUUUAAAAAACCAAACUAAAAGAAAUCACCAACAGCUGAUAAAAGUGUUGAAUAGAAUGAAGUAUGAUGUUAAAAAAAAUCUAUCAGUAAACUUAGCUGAGAAGACAGUGAGUACAUUGGAUGAGAACAAAACAGUAUCUAAUGCAUUUGAAGUCUUAAAGUUCUUUUUCCCUCAUCUAAGGAAAGCAGGCAGACUCUAUCCUGAUGUCAUCAUUGGCAAAGAGAAAACAGGAGUUUCUUUGGCGCUGGGUAUUUCCACCGUGAGGAGGGGAAGUCACAGUCACCUGAAGCAAGUGUUGACCUCUCUUGUCUCCAGGAUGACUCUGGCGGAGGAGAAGGACUCCGUGGUGAUCGUCUCUGUUGCGGAUAGUAAUGAAGAUUACUUAACAUCUGUUGUUGACAUGAUUACGAAAAAAUUCAAAAGACAACUGAAGUCUGGAUCCUUAGAGGUGAUUUCAAUGCCUGCCUUUUUUUAUCCAGACAUGUCACAUGCCAGGCAAUCAACUGAGGACUCACAAAAAUUAGACAGUUGGCAAAUCAAACAAGUAUUGGAUUUUUGUUUUUUGAUGCUGUAUGCCCAACCCAAGGCUAUGUAUUAUUUACAGCUAGAAGAUGAUGUCAUAGCUAAAAAUAUGUAUUUUACAAAAAUUACAGAUUUUAUACAUAAUAUCAGUUCAAAUAAUUGGUUUUAUAUUGAGUUUUCAAUUCUUGGAUUCGUAGGAAAGCUAUUUAAAUCUGAGGACUUAACUGACUUCGUACGUUUUUUUUUAAUGUUCUACAAAGAUAAACCAAUAGACUUGCUUUUGGGGGACAUUUUUCGGGUAAAGAAGUGUAGCCCAGAAGAAACUCUUGAGAAAUGUACAGAGCGGAACAAGCAAAUUCGCAUUCAAUAUAAACCUUCUCUUUUUCAGCAUGUGGGUGAACCGUGGUCAUCAUUCCCUAUAACAGAACAGAACAGUAUUACAAAGUAAGGUUUUGAAAUAUAACUUGAGUAAUAAGCAAUGUUUCAUGAACUUAUAUUAUUUAGAAAAGGAGUGAUUAGACAUGGGAGAGACUGGAAAAUAUGGUUGUUUAAACACAAUUCAUCUUAUGCCAGAACUAUGUCAUGAAAACCAAUCAUCUUUCCAAGACCCAAGUUACCUGUCAUGGUUACAAAAAUCCAGCCUACAUAAACUUCUCUGCCUUACUAUUCCCAGUUGUGUGAUUCAAAUAAUAAGACCAAAAAGGUGUUUA